UCACAUCCGCACAAGGCGCGGGUUAUUACCUAGUAAACAAUGUUAUAUUGAUUGAUAAAGCAAUGAUUGGUUCUGCAUUAAGCUCAUAUGGCUAGUUUUCCCAUCAGAUUCUUAUUUUCCAAGUGUACCAUAAGCAUUUUUUAACAAUUCAAAUAGCAAAAGGCCGAACAUGCGAGAGCAACAAUAUUUAGUGGAAUUCAUUUGCAAAUCUUGUAUGAUUUACUGAUUUUAAGAUGUAGUAAAACUGUAAAAACAAGAUAAUAACAGAAUCCUUACCAACAAAAGAGAUCUUUGAAACCUCCGAAGCUUAUCUGAUCUGUUCUGUACAGUCUGUCUGUCAUAAUUUUUAAUAUCUAGUAAAUUAUAUAUGGCAAGAUCAUGCAGAAUUCUUUACUGAAGAGUGCAGAAGACAAAAAAAGAUUCUAAUAUAUCUUUCAUGUGACUCUAUGAUAGCAUUUGUCUCUCUCUGAUCUUUAUUUUAAAAUUGAACUUUUCCAUAUCAAAACGUGUUUCUAGUUUCUAUAAAGGACCAUGAACUUAUUCGAUGCUUUCUUCUCCGUUUAUAUAUACUGACCACUUUGCAUACGUCUCUACAUGAUCAUUUUUAGUAAGAGGAAAAUGAAUGCUCUUUUGUGGAAUUGGAGUCUCACAGGACUCUUUCUCUUGAGCAUUCUUGCAGAUGGGGUAAUGGGUUCUGAUGAAAUGGAUUUGUUUAACAAUUUCAGUGGAACAAAUGUGUUUCAGAAACAAGAUGAUGGUGCAGAUGUUCUGAUGGUAGGACUCACUCUGGUCCAAACCGCUGCAGCUGAAGGAGCUGUGUGUCUGGACGGGUCAGUGCCUGGAUAUCAUUUGUAUCGUGGGUACGGUUCAGGAGCAAACAACUGGAUCAUUCAGUUGCAGGGGGGUGCGUGGUGUGACAGCAUAGAAGAUUGUCAGAACCGUAAAAGGAGUCGUGUUGGAUCGUCUACCUUAAUGGAAACACCGAUAGAGUUUAAAGGAAUACUAAGCAAUAAAGCCGCUGAAAAUCCAGACUUUUACAAUUGGAAUAAAGCAGUAGUUCGGUACUGUGAUGGCGCAUCCUUUAGCGGUGAUAGCGAAAACAAGACGGAACAACUUCAGUUUAGAGGAAAGCGUAUAUUUUUGGCCGUCAUGGAAGAUUUGAUAGCAAAGGGAAUGUGUCAUGCCAAGCAGGCUUUGCUCAACGGAUGUUCUUCUGGGGGUCUUGCAGCGAUUUUACGCUGCGAUGAUUUCAGUAGUUUGUUUCCUCAUACCACCAAAGUAAAAUGCAUGAGCGAUGCUGGCUUCUUCCUCGACGCGGUUGAUAUAUCUGGAGCUCGUUCUAUAAGGCGUAUGUAUUCCGGUGUUGUAAACACCCAGGGUUUACAAAACACGCUUCCUCGCACAUGUACGAGCCAUCUUGAUCCAACUUCGUGUUUUUUCCCUCAAAACAUAAUCAACCAAGUCAAGACACCUUUGUUUAUUCUCAACUCGGCAUUUGAUUCGUGGCAGAUUGAGAAUAGUAUAGCUCCACCAUCUGCUGAUCCGAGUGGCAGUUGGCAUAAUUGUAGCUCCAGCUUCAAGUGCAACACCUCUCAGAUGCAAUUCUUGGAAGGUUUCAGGAUGAGCAUGUUAGAUGCCUUAAAGACCUUUUCGAUGUCAAGCAAGAACGGAAUGUAUAUUAGCUCGCGCUGGGCUCAUUGUCUAGCUGGGAGAAAAGAUACUUGGUCUCCUGGAAAUUCUCAACCGGGUGAAGAUACGGGGAUGGCUGUAGCUGUUGGAGAUUGGUACUUCGAAAGAGCAUUUUGAGAAAAAUUAAUAUUUUUUUAAUGCAUAGUUGUAUCAUUAACUAGCAUAUGAUGAUGGUCAGAGAGUUUUAGAACCUUUGUUGUCUUCAUUUCUUUAGAAUAACGAUUUUAUUAUGGUGUACUAAUUUAGGGAGCAUGUGAAUUUUUUACUAAAUUAAUCGA